AUGCUGAAGCGUUACGGCUUCAAGAGCGUAGCUGCGGAAGGAUAUGCGGCCCCCGGUGUCAUUGUCGCCUACACGAAGGAUCCAGACAUGAAGUCUGGAGCCAAAUUCGCUGCGUUGGGCAUCCAGAUCGCUGCUGGAGUGCCCUUGAUGGUAGACGAGUUCACGCAGUCAUCAGACUUUCAGACGUUCCGCCUGGGUUUAUUUGGCAUCGACAAGUUGCGUGCAAUCGACGCAACCACUUCACAGCUCGAGUCCUCGCAGGACUCGCUUGGGUCUCGGGGCCUUCAGACCCGUGUGACCGAUCGGAUCCUCGAAGCUGAGGGUUGA